GACGACGCGGUCAACGGGCUGAGCGAGGAGCAGCGCCAGCUUAGACAGACCAUGAUCAAGUUCUGCCAGGAGCAUUUGGCUCCAAAGGCCCAACAAAUUGACCAGGAGAAUGAGUUCAAGGGCAUGCGGGAGUUUUGGAAGAAACUUGGAGAACUUGGAGUUCUGGGAAUCACAGCUCCCAUGGAGUAUGGGGGAUCUAGUAUGGGGUAUUUGGACCAUGUAUUGGUGAUGGAGGAAAUCUCUCGAGCUUCAGCAGCAGUUGGACUCAGUUAUGGUGCUCACUCAAACCUUUGUAUUAACCAAUUUGUGCGGAAUGCCAGUGAAGCACAGAAGGAGAAGUACCUACCUAAGUUAAUCAGCGGGGAGCACAUUGGAGCCUUAGCAAUGAGUGAACCCAAUGCUGGUUCUGAUGUUGUCUCCAUGAAGCUGAAGGCAGAAAAAAAAGGAGAUUACUUUGUUUUGAAUGGGAACAAGUUUUGGAUCACUAAUGGGCCAGAUGCUGACGUUCUGAUAGUUUAUGCCAAAACAGAUCUCAGUGUUGUUCCAGCUUCCAGGGGUAUAACUGCAUUCAUUGUAGAGAAGGGAAUGCCUGGGUUCAGCACUGCCCAGAAGCUUGAUAAGUUGGGAAUGAGGGGAUCAAAUACUUGUGAACUGAUCUUUGAAGACUGUAAGAUUCCUGCUGAGAACAUCUUGGGACAGCUGAGUAAAGGAGUCUACGUUUUGAUGAGUGGCUUGGAUCUGGAGAGACUUGUACUGAGUGGUGGACCGCUGGGGAUUAUGCAGGCUGUUCUUGACUAUGCAUUUCCAUAUUUACAUGUGAGAGAAGCAUUUGGACAGAAAAUUGGCCACUUCCAGCUCAUGCAGGGUAAAAUGGCAGAUAUGUAUACACGAUUGAUGGCAUGUCGGCAGUACGUGUAUAACGUGGCUAGAGCCUGUGAUCGAGGACACUUCAAUGCAAAGGACUGUGCAGGAGUGAUUCUCUAUUCAGCAGAAUGUGCUACACAGGUGGCUCUGGAUGGAAUUCAGUGUCUUGGUGGAAAUGGUUAUAUUAAUGAUUACCCUGUGGGUCGCUUUCUGCGUGAUGCCAAGCUGUAUGAGAUAGGAGCAGGAACCAGUGAGGUGAGAAGACUCGUCAUUGGCCGGGCCUUUAAUGCCACCUUUAAGUAACACCCAUCAGUAAAGAAAAACCUUCAUCACCAAGAGGCCUUUGAUCUUUGAGCUUGUGACGCACAGGCUUUCUCUGCGUUCAUGAUAAUGGAAUCAUCACCUGUUGACUCCAUGCUUUCUAUUCUGUGAACAAAUGCCUCUGGGUUUACCUGGGCUUUGAACCUGACAGAAGAACAGAACUAAAAGUGUAUUCUUGUGACUAGUCUGGCUAUUCAUUCAUCCUAUUCAGAAGCCAUCCUGAUCUUAAAACAUCUAAGGAGUUGCGACCUGAAGUUGGUGCCAGGGAUAUAUUGCCAUUGGAAAAGCAUGGUUCUCGCUUAGUGAACAACUCCCAUGAAAUGAGAGGAAAUCACUUAUUUUGACAGACUGGUUGUGAGAGAAUGGAUGGGGGAGAAAGGAACUUCGUACUUUCAAAAAUUUUGAGUGCCAUGGAACAAAGUGUUUUUAAGGUUCUGCUGCUGGAAAGUGAAAUAUCCUGAUGUGGUACUCUACUGAUGUGUUAACCUGUGCCCUCCAGUUAAUAUCUUCUUUGGGAAACCAGAUUUUAGCUGAGUUCAUGUUAGUUACCACAUGCCAUUAAUAUCAAAAGAACAGAGCCACACAAGCAAUGUUAGAAAAAAAUGUUUCCUAAAACCUCAUUAAAAUGUCACAUAAGUUUCUUUGCACACUGCUCUCCAUGUUCCUCCUGCUUAGCAAAACAUUGGAGUGUGGUCUGAAGGCUUUACUCCUUUUGAUUGUUUACCUCCUGCUGCUGGUUUCACCAUCCCUCAUUUCAGGAACAGUUAAAAUGUCCAACUUUUCACCAUGGCACCUCAUGAAUGAAUCGUGGGGGACUAAAUGGACUUUUUAUUUGAAGGCUUGCUCUUCUGUUGGCAAAUACAUGUGCUUGUCCCCCCAGUUUAGCCAUAAAGAGAAAGAAAGCAGAGUCGGCAUGAGUGUGGCAGGAUUUAAAGGUGUUUUAAUGAAACAUUACAAACAGCAGAGCUUAUAUGUUGAAAGCUUUUGUGGCUUUUCCUGUUGCAGUGUACCAGUAAUUCAACUUCAAAGAACAAAUUGCAGGAAAAAAUUAAAUGUUACAUGUAUAAUAGAGGGGUGAAACAGCUGCCAUCUUGGCAGUCUCAUACACAAGACUGCAAGUAGCUUUAUUUUCCUGUUUAUAUUUGGCAUCUUUCACCAAAAGCCUUGCUUCUCCCAUAUUUUCUGGACCAUCACCAAUACAACACUCCUUCCCUCCCUCGUACAGAACAAUAGAGAAUUUUAAAAAAGCUUCAGGUUCAGUGACCCAGCAAGGUAAAAGACAAAGUCCUGGAUCUAAUGAAAGCUCAUGUUAGCACAGUUACCUAACAAAUAAGUGAAUCAGGAGACAAGUCAUUCAUAUAUGCGCACAAAAAAUUGAAGUACUCCUGGAUCAAGGGGGAGGCAGCUUUCAGUGUGUGGGUGUUGCCCCUACAGUGCCCUCUCUGUAGGGGCAGACAGGAAUUUGAGGACUGCCUUGUCAGACAAUUGAGGUGAUUUUUACCAUCUGCAAAAAGUACCAAGGUGAUAUUGGAGACAUCCAGGACCCAACACACAAAGGGCUUUGUUACUCAAGACUUAGCCCCCUGCAUUGCACCUGAAAAUGAUUUGGAAAUUAAGAGGCUCUUAGAACAUAAGUAAAAUCUGCUUCAUGUGUGAAGCACCAUGUGCAUUGAUGUUUUGAAUGUAUGAAAAAAGAAA